AUAAACGCUCGACGCCGACGCCUACGCCCUCAGGAGCUGACAUCUAAAGCCGAAGAGUCAACGGUGAUCGUUUCCGUGACUCCUGGCACCGGCUGCUUGCGACGCCUUGCUCCAAAACGAUGUUGAGUGCAAUGUAUGCGACCACCGCCCUGCGCACCACGCUGAUGCGUCGAAGCUACAGCGCCGCAGCGGCCACCAAUCAUUGGCAGCGCUUCUGGGCCUGGACCCUGCAGCAGCGGCCGUCCUGGAAGGAGGACAAGGUCGAGGCCGCCGUCGCGUUUACGGUCUUCGGCGUCACGGGUAGUACGUCCGUGGCAGUGGUCCGGCCUACACUGAAACACGUCACGGGCAUCGAGGGUUCGCUGAGGGAGGGGCCCAACUCCUACCGUGUCACGUCCAUCUUAGCCGUGUCGCCGAUCUACGCAACUCUACUGGUCACGUUCGGGACACUAGCCGGAAGGCACCGCUUCUUCGCGAACAUGGCGCAGAAGAUCUUCGGGCGGUUCCUGCCUUCUUUUUUUAUGAAUCGUAUCUCGGCGACCUUCGCCUACUGCGUCCCGGGCAGCCGCGUGGCCGCGGCGAGGCCCGCAUAUCUCGUGCCGAAUCUAUUGUUGAGGGUGCCGCCCAGGCGGUAGUAGUGUGUAG